AUGCCCAAAGCAAGCCCACCGUACACCCCAGACUACAAGUCUCUCAUUUCAGAAAACUGCCACAUCCUGUACAAAAGACCGGCAUCACACUUCGUCCUGGCGACAAUCCAUGGCCCUGACGCUAAAACAUCGACGCCGUGGGAGUCCAGUAUCACCUUGAAAGCUUACGGGGGCUUUAGGUCACCCUUGCUAUCUGGCUACGGACAUACCUUGGUCGAGUCGCUGCAAGACCUCCACCUUGCCUCCAGCGAAGCCCUGGCCAAGCACAUCAACCAAAAAAGUUGGGCGAUUGUCGGGGAGGACGACGAGACGAGCGAGGAUGAUGAUGAUGACGAGCUAGACGAGCUCGAAAGCGUAUCCUCAUUCAGCUCGGCGAGCACCUUUCACAACGACGCCAAGGCCACCAAAGGCAAGCGAGAACCAUCUGGCACGAAGCAUACAUGCCCUCUCUCAGCACCAGGUCCGAGCCCCGGGUUCCCCAUCUUCUGCAUGCCGGAGCCCACUCACGGCAGCUUCGAGAAAGUCAAUCGUCGCUUUCCCGUUGUCACAGGUCCACCAGUCCCUGUCUCGAGCCCUCCCCAUGCUCCGCCACCGGGGGGCGUUCCCAGCAACGUAUCCGCCCCGCCCCCUCGGAUCGUGCGCUGCCCAAAGCUCACCAAGAUCACGGUCAAGGAUGAAUCAAAUUUCAGCUACUCGUUUGUGGAGAUGGUCCCUCAUCUGUGGGACCAAGUGACGCAGGCCGCGAUGAAGGAGUACGCCCUCAACAAGCGUGGCCCGCGACCAGCGGGGGUCAACGCAAAGGUAACCUGGGUAGUGGAAGGCGGAAUUAAGACGGGCCUCAAGUGCGUGCUGCGUGAUUUGAGUCCCGUUGUGCGUGGAGGGCUGGGCAUGGUGGAGUUUGUCGUGGAGGUAAGUGAUAAAUGA